AUGAAUAUCAUUAAUUUACAGUUGCUCGAAAUAUCGGAAUACAUUUGGAGUUUGAAUGCAUUAGUAGAAUUGAAAAUGAGUCACAACUUGUUGGGACGUUUACCACAGGGCAUUGAAAAGGUUCGAAAUCUUAGUAUUUUGGAUUUGUCGCAUAACAUGUUAAUGUAUCUACCAGCAGGGAUCAUUUUUUUGCGACUGCAAACUAUAGAUAUUUCAAUGAAUCCAUUAGUAGUCAAUCCCCCAAUUUUGUUUUAUAAAAUAAUGUACCCAAGCCUUACUAUGUUUGCAGCAAGGUCACUGCAGCAAUAUUGCAGUGAUAAACAUAUAAUUUUUCGAUGGGAUAAAUGGAAUGAAUAUAUAAGUAGAAAUAAAUUCGAGAAAUGCUUCUUUUGUAGAAACAUAUGUACACCUUCCUACAUGCACGUAGCGCAGCCAUUGAAAGAUAUAUUUGACAUAACUGAAAACGUAAUAACAAAGACAUCAGAAUUACCAGUAGUAUUAUGUGAAUAUUACGGUUGCUAUCCUGAAUGUAAGGAGGACUGGUAUUCUAGUAACGAAUCGGAUACAUCUCGAAAUUGA